UUGGAGGGUUGGUGUAGACUUGUUUGGUUGAAGGGUCUGUUUCCACACUGUAGGGAAUCUAGAUUGUUAUAUUGUAGUAACGUCUGAGUUAAAGCCAUUCCACUUUGAUUUGCUUAACAGAAUAUUGGUCUAUCAGUAUUGCUUCUCUUGAUUUAUAUGCAACCUUGAUCUCUCUUGUGCAGGUUUGCUUACAGUUUCUUUUAAAUGAAGUGUCCAUUUCAACAUUACCCGGGCAUGCAUUUAAGGACAACUCAGUCAUUACAAUAACUGCAACUGGAAGGUGGCUGGGAGAAAGCACAAGGUAGACCAAGUCAGUGUCAGUUUGAUGGCUGAAAGCACAGGCUCCAUUUCAGUCAGAGGCUGCGACAUUGUAAAGUACAAACCAAAUCUUAGCAGAGUCAGCAGCGGGGCAAACUCCAACCAGUAUGAUGACACCUGCCCAGUUUUCAGGUUGCAUUCAGAUGAAGAGAGACCUUGGGAAGAGGUAGCAUGUCGCCGAAUGGAUUUUGUACCAGGUUCUUGCCGCAUCAUGAAAGAGUUGUUUGCUGACAAAGAAACAGCUAACUGUUCCCACCAGUUGUCGCAUAUGAUUUGUGAGAUGAAGAACUACAAUCCAGCAAAACCCGAAAUGACCUGUCGCCAUGAUCUGUGCAGUGAAUUAUCCUCUGUAGUGAUAGGCAUAUACAAUGAGGACAUGGGUGUUAAUCAGUGGAAGAAGUUUAACUCUACAGUGGAAGCCAUGUUGUUUAUUAAUCAAGAAUUGCUCACAGAUUGGAGAACCUAUCACCAUGGUUACUGCUUCAUUCGUUGCCUCAGCCAUGAUGGAAGAAAGAUAUCACAGCUUCUUAUUCUGCCUCCAGCGUUGCGAACAGGUUUCAAUUCUUCGAGAAAAUUUGGAAGUAAGCAUGCAUUGAAUGUGAAUAUUUUACUCUUGGACUCUGUGUCCAGGCAUCAUUUUUAUAGAACUUUGCCAAAAACUAUUAAUACAUUCAUAAAUCUGAACACUAAUGUCUUUAAAACUGGACACGUGUUUGACUUUGAGUUGGUUCAAGGUAUAAAAAGCAGAACAUUUGAGUCUCUCCAAGCUCUCUUUGGUGGUGAGGCAUUCAACCCACUGAAACCAUUCAGUUCAUUUGUGCUACCACCAAAGGCUGUGGAUUUUAACAAGACACUUGGACAUUUUAAAGAGUUUGGAUAUGAGAUUUUAUAUUUGGAAGAUAUGUGUUGGAAGUGGGAAUGGGGUUUGGUGAAAGAGUUGAGAGCUCUUAACAAAAAGGCACACUUUUCAGAAAGAGUAAAGUUGUUCCUGGAAGCAGUCAAAAGAAGUGGAAUUGAUAGGAUAGAUGUUUCCUACUCUAGCUGUGAUAUUCUUCAAGAAAAUGGAGUGAAGGAUAUGUUUCAUGGGCCUGCUACCAUAUGUUACAAUGGUAUCCAUCAACAUACCUACCUGCUGCAGUAUAUUGAAUACUUUAUCACUCGUUUCUCGUUCCUGCAAAAGCCACUAUUCAGUUUUCUCAUGUUGGAUACCAAUCAUGAAGAUACAGGCCUCAGGAUAAAGCAAUUGGAUGAAGAUCUUGCCAAACAUGUAUCUUUCUUAGCUGAUCAACAGAACACAGUGACCUUCAUUCUUUCAGAUCAUGGCAAUAAUUAUGGGCAGUUUGUUUCAAUGACUACAGAAUCCCAGAUUGAGAUAUUCCACACCACUCUAUUUAUGAUUGUCCCAGACACAGCUGCUAUUUUAUUGGGUGAAGAGAAGAUUCGAUCCUUGCACACAAACCAGCACAGGUUAAUCAGCCUUCUUGAUAUCCAUCAUACUUUCAAAGGUCUAUUGCCACCUGUUGGAGCUAAAGAUGGGAAAAAUUUGAACAAUGGAAUUAAUGCUGAUGGGUUACUGAGUCCAGUUUCUGCAGAUAGGACCUGUACCAGUAUUCCCAGGAUACCUCCAAACUUUUGCAUUUGCCAAGACUUUGAAAAACCAGCAGUAAGUGAUUCUAGAUUUGCACUAUAUGCAGAAUUUGCACUUGGUCAGAUGAAUCACGAAAUCCUUCAACAACAGAGAGCUUCAAAAAAUGCUCUCACAGGCUAUAUGGCCUGUCAAAGAUUAAUUGGCAUUAGAUUUGACAAUUUGAAAAUUCAUGAAGAUAAAAAUGAGACCAUCGUGAAAUUUGAUCUUUAUGUAAAGGCACCAGAAAGUACCGGUCAUGAUGAAGAAAAAUACUUAGUGGUCAUAGACUUCCGUUCUCAGGUAGAUGCUGCACUGACUUUAGUAGGAUUUGACCGCUUAACCCCAUACAGUCCAUAUGAUGUUUGUGCUGCAGAUGAUGUCGAUUUAAGGUUAUGCAUCUGUGAUUUAGAAAAUGGUCAUAAAGAUUCAAAUUCAUAUUGGAAAAAUGUUUUGAUCUCAUCAGUUUCUUGGAUUGAAACUAAUUUCAGUUCAAUUCAUGAAUCCUGUUUGUAUCUCAUCAAAAGACAUUAUCCAUCAGGCAUUGUUCUGGCAGUGGGAAAUAUCUGCCCUCAUGUGCAAUAUGAUAUUGAAUUUGAUUUCCUGACUAUAAACAUGUACUCGUCAUCUGUAAUGCCGAUAAAUGUAACACUUUGGCCUGGAACAGAGGAGCUCCUAACUGUUGGGUUUCAGAAAGCUAAGGGUAAACCUUGGAAAUAUAAAUAUUCUUUGAAUUACAGAGCAUUCCCACUGUAGGACAAAAGUACAUUGAAUUAACUCUCAUUGAUCAUUAACAGUAAUCUUCACUCCAGUAAAAUGUUGGGCUGCAGUAAUUAUUCAGGGGUAAAUGUGAAUUCUGAUUUAUAUCCAUUAUAUAAAGACCAUUGCUUCUUGGCAUUGGUAAAAUGCUACCAACUUUGCUGGUAAAAUGCAAAGUCUGUGAUGGUGUGGAAGGCAGGAGAGAUUAAUUGUUAAAAAGGUGAUAAUGGGAAGUAUGAGACUUGUUCUAAAAUAUGAAUGCUGCCUUAAUUUUGUUUUGAGUGUAAUGUAGCUAUUGGUAUUAAGUAAUAGGCCUCCAGUGUUCAUCUUUAUGGCUCAGAAAUGCAGAGUUGAAAUAACAAAAAAGUUAUUUUAAGGAUUGCUUUUCUGACACAAAUGCACUGUGUGCAUGCACACAAUGUUAAAAUAGUAAUAAAAAUACUAUUACCACAGUAUAGUUCUGUAUUAAAAUAGUGUUAAUUGGCAUUUGUAACAAACACAUUACUGGAUAUUGUUGAUCACACAUGUCCACACAAAAUAUUAAGUUGAUUUUUGAAAUUUAAAAUAGAUGUCAUUAGUUUUGCACUUUAUUUAUGUGACCAGUAAUACUGGUUCAUUAAUUGGUAUUUGUAAUUAUUUAUAUAAGAUCCAUCAAUGUUAAUACACAUGAUCCUUGGUGUCAGUAAUUACAGCCAAUUGUCAAAGCAAAUAAAGAACUCAGGAGCUCCUUAGGGUAUCAAGGGAGCCAAAAGCCAUUCAGUCUCUGUGAUAUCUUUAUCUUUGCUUAAUAAUCUUUUAAGUUUCAUACUUUGGAUUGCUUAACAAUGAAAUUAAUCAUUAGAAUUAAGGCAAUUGCUUUGUAUGGUGCAGAGCUUCAUGAUGACUUUCAAACUCUCUACGUUUACCAAAUGCAGUGUGAUUGCGAUAACUGUGUACCAUGGUUUUAUGUGGAAACUCUUGAAGGCAGUGAAAACUUCAAUCAUAAAUCUAAGCGAUAAGUGAUUGCUGCACAAUUAUUUGCUUAAAUGAAUUGAAUUAAGUUAGCUUUAUUGCCACGUACUCAAAUGAGUACAGUGAAAAGUUUGUAAGUUGCCACUUAUAGCACGACCUUAGAUAGAAAGGUACCUAGGUAUAAUCCUUAAUUACAAAAUAGAGAAAUGAAGAAAAAAAAGCUACAUUACAGCUACACACAGUAUGAGAGUGUGGUGCUGGAACAACACAGCCAGAGCAUGGAUGCUGCCUGACUGGCUGUGCCUUUCCGGCACCACACUCUGAAUCUAAUCUCCAGCAUCUGCAGUCCUCACCCUCUCCUAGUAUAUCAGUAUGACCAUAGGUCAGAAAAAACAUGAAGCAGUUUGUUUUGUAUGUCUGUCUCCAAAGGCUCUCCUCAGCAGACCAACGCAGGGGGCCUGACUGCUGGCUGCCUCCAGGCUCCUUACUGGGCCCAUAUCCCUGCUUCUGCAUCAAGUACCAAAUCCUGUGCCGCACUGGGCUCUUGGUGACCCCUCUCUCCCCAUUGGUUGCUGGCCAUUAGUGUCUCUGCUCUGGUUGCUGGCAUUCCCAGUCUGGCUGCUGGAGAAAAAAGAUGAAAAGGAAUAGGGUGUGUUGGAGAAGCUUCAGCUAGAGCAUUUUACUCUGCCAUCAUCUGACCAUCUUUGACUCUUCAAUGCUAUGAAACAAUGAGGUCUCAGGAGGAUAGGUUUGGGCUACAAAACAAUUUUUAUUUACAAUCAGACCUAUCAAUUUUCCUAACUUUAACCUAUGUCAUUCAAUAUUCACAUCAAAUCCGAUUCUCCGUUGCCCUAUGUUUGCUGCUUGAUCCUGGCUUCCAGUGAAGCCACAUUUCUAUUAUCAUUACAAAAUUUCAAACAUGUUUUCAAAUCUGUCCAUUUCCUCCUCUACCUUGCUAACCAAUCCACAACUCGAGGAGCCUGCCCUUCAUCAUUGUUAGCAAUGCCUUCAGAUGCCAAGCUUCUGGUCUUUAAAAUUUCCACCCUAAACUCUCCGCCUCGUUUGCUCACUUUCCCCCCCUUUAAACCUACCUCUUUAAGCUAGCAUUUGACCAUUGUACCUACGAGGCUCGGUUUCAAAUUUUAUUUGUAAACAUCCUUUGAAUCACCUUGUGACAUUAUAUUGAAGAUGCCAUGUAAAUUCAAGUUAUCACUAUUGUUGUGUAGUAGAAAAGGAGCUAACAAAGCUUGGACUUUAUUUAGUUAAUGGAAAGUUGCAAAAUGUUUCUGGCAACUUCUUUUAUUUAUUAAGAAAGGAAAUAGGAAAAAAAACAAUAGAACUGCUGGCAUAAACAGUAUUUAAAUGUUUACAUCUGACCAUUGAACAAAGCCAGAUUUACAAAUAAUCUGUGCAUAGCUUAUGUUUCCAAUUUUGUAAACCUAGUGACUGCCAGGAGUAUCCUGGCUGAUAAGACUCCCCCUGUGCACUACUAAGCAUGCUGUCCAAUCCACCACCUCUCACCUUUCUCAU